AUGGCUUGCGUGAAUGAAAACGACUGGAAGGUGUUAAGCAAUGGAGCCGCAGCCGCAGCCGCAGAAAACAACAUCAACAAGUACCAUUCUGAAAGUGGCUGGGUUCGAUGGAGAAAGAGUUGGUGGAAUUGUAUGAAUCCGCCAAGAAAGCAGCGGAUGCGUCUACCGAUGCAGAUAGCCCGCACGAAGAAAGCCGAUGCCUUGAUGCGCUCGAGCAGCUCAAGAAAUUUCCUGUUAAUUAUCAAAUUCUCGUUAAUACCCAGACACGGGUAUUGGACUGUUAACGAGUCAUGGUAUAGGUUUGAGAUUUUCCUAAAGAUGGAUACGGGUAUCGUUACUAAGGUUGGGCGUAGGCAGAUGUUGUUGUCGUUAUCUAAUUUGGAUUUUAUGUUCUAUGAUGAAUGUGAUUUGUGGUGA